GAAUGGCAUUAGCCCAUAGCAACUGUGAUGGAACAGGUGUCUUUUCUCAUGUGCUGAAGUCAGGCGAUGACUCUAAAGCCACUCCAGCAGGGAGAGAAACAGGCUUAAGCUUUAACACUGACGUUGGCUGCAUCCAAACUAUGUUAACAGUGCUGAAGGCUCCUUCCCAGCCAUGCUGGUGAAUGAGCAGCAGGAAAGCAGACCUCUCCUGAGCCCCUCCAUAGAUGACUUCCUCUGUGAAACCAAAUCCGAGGCCAUUGCAAAGCCAGUAACAUCCAACACAGCCGUGUUGACCACUGGCUUGGAUCUCCUUGACCUGAGUGAACCUGUCUCUCAAACCCAAACCAAAGCCAAGAAAUCUGAGUCCUCAUCAAAGACCUCAUCCCUCAAGAAGAAAGCUGAUGGCUCUGACCUCAUCAGUGCAGAGGCUGAGCAGAGGGCCCAGGCUCUCCGGGGCCCAGAGACGGCAUCUUUAGACUUAGUAGACAUUCAAACACAACUGGAAAAAUGGGAAGAUGUCAAGUUUCAUGGUGACCGAACAAGCAAGGGGCAUCUCAUGGCUGAAAGGAAGUCAUGCUCAUCUAGAGCCGGGUCCAAAGAGCUCCUAUGGUCCUCAGAACACAGAUCUCAACCAGAGCUGAGUGCUGGGAAAAGUGCCCUCAACUCCGAGUCGGCUUCUGAGUUGGAACUUGUGGCUCCAGCACAGGCUCGGCUCACCAAAGAGCAUCGCUGGGGGAGCGCUCUGCUCUCCAGGAACCAUUCCUUAGAAGAGGAGUUUGAAAGAGCAAAAGCAGCAGUAGAGUCAGAUACGGAGUUCUGGGACAAGAUGCAGGCAGAAUGGGAAGAAAUGGCCCGGAGGAACUGGAUAUCUGAGAACCAAGAAGCCCAGAACCAAGUCACCAUGGUCUCUGCCAGUGAGAAGGGAUAUUACUUUCACACUGAAAAUCCCUUCAAGGACUGGCCUGGAGCAUUUGAAGAAGGCUUAAAAAGGCUGAAGGAAGGGGAUCUGCCUGUCACCAUCCUGUUCAUGGAAGCAGCAAUUCUCCAGGACCCUGGAGAUGCUGAGGCAUGGCAGUUCCUUGGGAUAACCCAGGCAGAGAAUGAAAACGAACAAGCAGCCAUUGUCGCCCUCCAGAGGUGCCUGGAGCUGCAGCCCAACAACUUGAAAGCUCUGAUGGCCUUGGCUGUGAGUUACACCAACACCGGCCAUCAGCAGGAUGCCUGUGAGGCUCUGAAGAACUGGAUUAAGCAGAACCCAAAGUACAAAUACCUUGUAAAGAACAAGAAGGGCUCUCCGGGCCUCACUCGGCGGAUGUCGAAGUCCCCAGUUGACAGCUCUGUCCUGGAAGGAGUGAAGGAAUUAUACCUGGAAGCUGCCCACCAAAAUGGUGAUAUGAUAGACCCAGACCUGCAGACGGGCCUUGGAGUUCUAUUCCACCUGAGCGGGGAGUUCAACAGAGCAAUUGAUGCAUUUAAUGCUGCCUUAACUGUUCGGCCAGAGGAUUACUCAUUGUGGAACCGGCUUGGGGCCACGCUGGCAAAUGGUGACCGCAGUGAGGAAGCUGUGGAGGCCUACACGAGAGCACUGGAGAUCCAGCCAGGCUUCAUCCGGUCCAGAUACAACCUGGGGAUUAGCUGCAUCAACCUGGGUGCCUACAGAGAAGCGGUCAGCAAUUUUCUCACUGCCCUCAGUUUGCAAAGAAAGAGCCGGAACCAGCAGCAAGUCCCUCACCCUGCCAUCUCGGGGAACAUCUGGGCUGCCCUCAGAAUUGCACUGUCGCUGAUGGACCAGCCAGAACUCUUCCAGGCAGCCAACCUUGGUGACUUGGACGUCCUCCUAAGAGCUUUCAACUUGGAUCCUUAAAGGAAAAGAAAGAAGUACAGAAUAAUCCCUCAUCUGUUAUUGUAAUAAAAAGGGAAAAAACUAUUUUAUUAUGAAUUUCAAAAAAAAAAAGAUUUUUUUUAAAGGAUAAAGCAAAGAGUCAAAAGGCCAUGGCCAUAUAACCCAAGGGAAUUGAUUACUAUAGACAAUACCUGGCCUCUGUUCAGAUCCAAAGCACAAAGCAAGAUCAGGUUCAAGAGAAGAACUAAGAUUCUCAAGACAAACCAAGAGAAGGUAACUGUGUAUACUCUUCCAGGUUACAAGUGGACUUUGAAUUAGUCUGUCCCCUGUCACAGCUGCUAGCACAUCUGAAGAGCUGUUCAUGGGACAUAGCAAGACAGUUUAUCUGCGGUCAGUGAACUCAGGCUGUCUGUCUGUCUACUGAACAUAGUUUGGGCCGUUGGCGCAUGCACACACACACAACCUGACUAAAGGCAGGCAUCGCUUCCCCCUCCUGUUUUAACUUUUACUGUAAGCCUUUGUUUCCAGAGAGAGAGCUUUGCUGGCAAAAGCAGUUUUUGCACUAGAUGUUUUUGCUGUUCCCAAUGAAAUCCUGUCUAGGAUUGUACAUAAGCACUUUAUUAGCAUAUUUAUGCCUUGCUGGGCUUCAGGUUUGCUGCUCCAGUCCCUAACUUGGGGGGCAGGGGCUGGAAGAUUUGAGACAGAUUUGUUAGCUCAAUGGACCAAAUAAAAAAUUCUGAGAAGAGUUUUUCUUAGCUUAGGGUUUUGAAGGCGCAUUGGCAUAGAAUGUAAAUAUGUUAAACCCA